ACUGGCAACAUUAUUCAUCUGUCAAUGUCACGAAAUAAACCACGACGCACUCUGCAAAUUUCGAGAUUCGCACGCGUCUCACCAAAAUAAUUGAACGGAUUUAUCAAUAAAAAUGAAAGUCACCGAUAAAAGUAACGAGAAAAAGCGGAAAAUCAAGAAAAAACCUAUAGACAAAACCAAAAAACAGCAAGUGUUGGUCGUCGCGCAGGAAAUCAAAUUUGCCAGAUUACUUUCUGGAAACGAGAAGAAAACGCGUGACCGAGUGCUUAGGGCGUUGAAAAAAUGGCUUGUUAAUUGUUUUGAGAAGAAUUACGAAUUUAAGGAAGAUGACUUCACAAGAGUGUGGAAAGGCCUAUUCUAUGCUGUAUGGAUGUCAGACAAACCUCUCGUUCAGGAAGACCUCUGUGAAAGCAUCGCCGGCAUCCUGGACCUGUUCCCGACGGAGCAGCUCUCCAACGCCAUGCUGCUCACCAAGGCGGGCUUCAAGAUGCUGGCCACGGAGUGGUUCGGGAUAGAUCAGCACCGGAUUGAUAAGUUUCUUAUGUUGGUGCGUCGCUACCUGCGCGGCGCCCUGCGCUGCGUGCACCGCAGUGGCUGGAGCGAGGUCGCCUGCACCCAGUUUGCCAACAUGCUCUCCGGCAAGGAUGGCUUGCUGGCGCUGAAAACGCCCCUGUACGCGCGCAACGCCAACUCGCUGCUCAUACACAUCGCAGAUUGUUAUCUGGAAGAAAUCUCCAAGGUGUCAUCCGGAGAGAUAUCCCCGGAGUCCCUGGUGAUCCUACUGCGGCCGUUCGUGGCGUACCUGAGCCAGGGCUCCGCCCCGGCACUGUGCAUCGCUUCCAGGAGGGUACUUACUGAGUUGCUCAAACACGGAGAUCCAGAGCGCCCGUGGGCUAUAGUAGCCGUUUCCUAUUUAAAUAAGUUUGUCGGCUCCGCGCAUGUGCCAGGUGUUGGAGAUAUAUCCCCGGAGUCCCUGGUGGUGCUACUGCGGCCGUUCGUGGCGUACCUGAGCCAGGGCUCCGCCCCGGCAGUGUGCGUCGCUUCCAGGAGGGUACUUACUGAGUUGCUCAAACACGGAGACACCGAGGAUACAGAUGACGCUGAUGAUGAUGAUGAACAGGAUUCAGAGCAAGAAGACGCUGGUGAUGAAGAAAACGAUAAUGGUGAAGAAGUGAUGACGAAUGGAGCCCUGGACCCCCGCGCGGGCCGCGUGGACGUAGUCCUGCACCCGUUACCAGUGCCGGCGGUUGAACUAGUCGCGGCGCUCAAACACCACCUAGCACAAGCCAAGGGCGCCGGCAACCGCCGCGCGCGACGCUGCAUACAACUGCAUAAGGUCCACGAUGGAAUAGUCGCGGGUCCGUCCCUGAGGCCCACCAAGGCGGCCAAGGCUCUGCGGGCGCUUGAGAAGAAACUAGUCGCCAACGGAGACGAACUGGCCUUGAGAGUCGCGGGUCCGUCCCUGAGGCCCACCAAGGCGGCCAAGGCUCUGCGGGCGCUUGAGAAGAAACUAGUCGCCAACGGAGACGAACUGGCCUUGAGAGUCGCGGGUCCGUCCCUGAGGCCCACCAAGGCGGCCAAGGCUCUGCGGGCGCUUGAGAAGAAACUAGUCGCCAACGGAGACGAACUGGCCUUGAGAGUCGCGGGUCCGUCCCUGAGGCCCACCAAGGCGGCCAAGGCUCUGCGGGCGCUUGAGAAGAAACUAGUCGCCAACGGAGACGAACUGGCCUUGAGAGGUCUGAGCCGGAAGCACCGGAAGCGGCUGCUGGCCAAGUCCCGCGCCGGUCUGUCCAUCGUGGAGGACGUACAGACAGCCAGACAGACACACAACACUUCGAACGGCGGUUGGCAAGUUGAAGAGACCGGAGAAGUAAUCAAAAAUAAGACGAAACGGAAACGGGCCAACAAAGAGAUCGAUACGGGGCCCAAAAUAAAGAAACAGAAACUCAACAAACUAGACAACACGGGAAACCGGGAGACAAAAGGGAAAAACAAUGUUAAGAAACAGAAAAAUGAUAAGGUAGUCGACAAAGUUAAAAAUAAUGUUAAACCAGUGAAAAAUGAUGUUAAACAUAGUGUUAAGAAAGUUAAAAAUAGUGUUGACGCUAAGAAUAAUGUUAAAGUGAAAGCCGGUGUUAAAGCAACAAAUGAAGUUAAAGUUAAAGAUAGUGUUAACGUAGUUAAAGUUAAAGAUAGUGUUAACGUAGUUAAAGUUAAAGAUAGUGUUAACGUAGUUAAAGUUAAAGAUAGUGUUAACGUAGUUAAAGCUAGUGUUAGAAAUGUUAAUGUUAAAGGGAGUGCUGAUAAAAAAGAAAAUAAAUUAAGUAAAAAAGAAAAAACUAAAGGCGCUAAAGGUAGCGAAGCUAAAUUGCUAGUUAAUAACAAAGUUAAGAAAUUUCGAAAGCAAGAUAAGAAUAACAGUUUAAAUAUGUCUACGCCAAAAAAGGUGAAAUUCGUGUUGAAAAACAACUCGAUGCAAGGAACGGUGGAUUAUUAUAAGAGUAUACGGGAAAGUCCCAGUAUUCCUUACGACGGUUCUAAAAGGCCUUCCAAGACAAACUUAAAGGUAUCGACGCCAUCACCGAUCAAUCCCUUUUUUAAGAAGAAAAUGACUAGAAGAGCGAGUUUUGGAACGCAAAUUGUGUUUUAAAAUGUAGAAAAAUUUAUAUGUGACGU